UGUACUGAUACGUAAUGAUGGACGAGAAGGUGGUGCAGCUUGAGGCCCGCAUCUUGCAGCUCGAGAGGGACAGACUCGCAAGGGGAGAGCUCGUCAACCUCAUGGUAUGGAUGCACAGCACACACCAAAAUCUCCUUCCACUCAUCCAUCCGCCAGCAUACAUAUACGGAUUGUGUCUGUGUGUUGCAGCCCGCCAGUGUGGACAUGGCUCAAACGCGCAGUGCCUCUGUGCCGCCCAACGGUGACCGGCUGCCCGCGGAGCGUGAGAGUGUGGGAGGCGGUGGGCAGGGGCUGCCCUGGGACCAACAGGUACGAAUGGCUGGGUGGAUGGAUGGACGGACGGACAGAUGGCGCGGGGCACCGACAAGAGGUUCGCCAUGUGGAUGGGAUGGAUGGGGAUCACGUGUGGGGGGGUGCGUGUUCAGGUGCGGCGGCUGCAGGCUGAGGUAUGUAUUUGCCCAAAUAAGUUGGUUACUAACAUACAGCGCUGAUCUGUUGAGAAAGACCUACCACACGUGUGUGUCCGUCCGUCCGUCCGUCCGUCCGUGCGUGCAGGUGGAUAGGUUGGCGCAGCAGCAGGAGGCGUUCAACUCGCGGCUGUCGCGCUUCGAGGAGAGGCUGGCGGUGCAGCUGGCCGCCACAGAACAGACUUGCAACAGACUCACUGACGGUACGCACACACUCAGGGCAGGCAGGCAAUGUGGUUCUCUCUGGGCACAUCCAUCCAUCCAUCCAUUGUGCUGCGUUGCUGCCCCUGCCUGACACAGACGCCUUUGCGACGUUUCAGGCUACAGCUAAGCAAGUAAAUGAAUGACUGGGGCGAUGCAGCGGCCCGCCCGUCUUGUAUCUAUUAUAUGCCUCCCUGCACGUCAUGUACGUUUGUGUGUGUGUGUGUGCGUCCAUCGAUGAAUGCAAUCAAUGCAGCUGGAGAGCCUUCACGUGCGCAUCUCUGCAUUAGGUCUCUCUGUCUGUCUGCCCAGCUGGCCAGGCUGGUGGCUGUCCAUGUCCAUCCAUGCAUCCAUCGACGUCGGAUGUAUUUGUUUCUUUCAUCUAUGCGUCAUGUGUGGAUGCAGAGCUAUCAUCUGGGCCCGCCGGCCCCCCUGUGGCUGCGGUCCCUCCGACACGAGACGAGGCUUCGCCCAAGAGGGCCCUGGCCGCCACCCGCGGCACACUCACUCAGAGUCGCCUACCCUCACACCCAACUCUCAAAGAGGCGGCAGCCAAGCAGCAGACCUCGGGAGCACGACUACCGAAGGUAGGUCACACAGGCACGCCACACACAUCCGAUGCGAUGCAGGACAGGCUGACCGACAUUCCAUGCGGUGCAAGUGUGUGUGAAUGUACACGGGCUGGUUAGUUGCUUGGUUCAUGUAUGUAUGUGUGUGUGUGUGUGUGUAUGCACUGCAGACCAUUCACAUUCCUCGUCUGAUGGCGAGUCGCACCGCUCCCCCGUCUGCCAGCCAUCGCACGAGGGUGGUGCCAGCCACGGCAAGGGGGUACUCCAGCCGAUCACUGACCGCCAAACGCGCCCCGCCAGCAGCACCGCCCAAGAGGCCUGCAUCGGCACUUAGCGCCAGACAGAAGAGUGCCAAGGGUGUGGGGACUUCUGGAGCCAAGGUUGGCGUGUCUGUGCCGUCGAGGGCCAAGCCGUCUGUGCCGUCUGCGGCCGCCAAGCCAACGGUAUUGUCGCCUCCGCGCAGCUGGAGCCCCACGGUGGGCGGUGCCAGGGCGGGGGAGGGGGGCGGUGGUGGAGUGGGGUGGGAGAGGGGUAGGGCUGGUGGGGGUGCCGGGAUCGAGCACGUUAUAGCCCAGCUGCGGGAGGGUCGAGUGGCGAUUCGGCACAUGGGCGGCGAAUUAGGCAGUCCGCAGGGGAACACCAUUAGCUUCAGGGGAGAUCUGGAUGUCAGUGUGACUCGGAGAGAUGAUGAAUGACAUACUAACAUGCUGCCAGACAGGGUGUGGUGUGGUGUGGUGUAUGAAUGCAUUCAUCAAGGCAGGGUCACGCAUCC